AGUUAAAUAAUUAAAAAAAUAUUUAAAAAUAGAAUCCAGCUUUAUUUUGAAUAAAUAAUUUGAAGAUUUUAUUUUUGUGGAAAUGAAGAACAAGAUUGAGCAAUGUGGCGUUAAGGUCUCACAGGAGUUGGUCCAGGAGGUACUGUCUAGAGUAAGAAAUGACUGGGAGGCAGCAUUUACUUUCUUUCUGUGGGCUGGAAGGCAGCCAGGUUAUGUCCAUUCUGUGCAUGAAUAUAAUUCUAUGAUUUCUAUUCUUGCUAAAAUGAGAAAGUUCGAUACAGCAUGGUCAUUGAUCGAUGAGAUGAGAGGGGUUAAGACCGGUGUUUCUCUUGUUGUACCACAGACAUUGCUUAUUAUGAUUAGAAGAUAUUGUGCAGUGCAUGAUGUUGGUCGGGCUAUAAACACUUUUUAUGCAUAUAAGCGGUUUAAAUUUGAUGUGGGGAUUGAGGAGUUUCAAAGUCUUUUAUCUGCUCUUUGUCGCUAUAAGAAUGUGCAGGAUGCUGAACACUUGAUGUUUUCAAAGAAAGAUGUUUUUCCAUUUAAUACAAAGAGUUUUAAUAUUGUGCUUAAUGGUUGGUCUAAUGUGAUUGGUAGUCCUCGUCAAUCAGACAGAAUAUGGAGGGAAAUGUGCAAGAGGGGUAUUCAAUAUGAUGCUGUGUCAUAUGCUAGUAUCAUAUCUUGCUACUCAAAGGCAGGUAAUCUUUAUAAGGUGCUCAAGCUGUACAACCAGAUGAAUGAAAUGAGGAUUGAACCAGAUAGGAAGGUCUACAAUGCUGUCAUUCAUGCUCUCGCAAAAGCUAGACAUGUGAAGGAAGCUAUCAAUCUCAUGAAAGCAAUGGAAGAUAAAGGUAUUGCUCCUAAUACUGUCACUUACAAUUCACUGAUCAAACCUUUAUGCAAGGCAAGAAAAAUAGAUGAGGCAAGAGGGGUCUUUGAUGAGAUGUUACAGCGUGGUCACUCUCCGACUAUACGAACUUACCAUGCAUUCUUCCGUAUUCUAAGAACAGGGGAAGAAGUUUUUGCACUAUUGGAGAAGAUGAGAAAGAUGGGGUGCCAGCCAAUUACUGAUACUUAUAUCAUGUUGAUUAGAAAAUUUUGUCGAUGGCGGCAGUUUGAUGAUGUGUUUAAGUUGUGGAAUGAAAUGAGUGAGAACGGGAUAAGUCCUGAUCGUAGCUCAUAUAUUGUGCUCAUACAUGGGCUCUUCUUAAAUGGAAAGUUGGAGGCAGCCUACAAAUAUUACACAGAUAUGAAGCAAACACAAUUAUUGCCAGACCCAAAGAUAGAUGAGAUGCUGAGUACUUGGUUAUCAAAUAAGCAAAUGGCUGAAUGUCGGAUGACAAAAUCAAAAGGUGAUCAGUCGAAUUUUAGUCAAUAAGGCGAGCAAAGCAGAGCUAUGCCUAAGAUAAUUAAUUAUUAGAAAGAUUUAUCUGACAAGCUGAAAGUAGAACAGUGAGAUUGUGAGCAUUUUCCUUUUGGGAGCUGUAGCUUCUCAUGCAAUAUUAAGUCUCAACAGCAGCUGGUUUUUGUAUUUAACAACCAGCAGCAUCAAAUGCUUCAUGAACUCAUACAGGUGCACUAAAGUUUCUGUUCUAAUUUAUGAAUAGAAGAUAUCAUUAGGUUAUUCAGUUAUUAAAGGAAUUAUGCUUUUAGAAUUUCUAUUAUUUAUACAACGUCCUUUUUGUAAUAUAUUUUCAUAAAUCAUUGUAUACAAGAUAUUUAGUGCAUUAAGUGCAAUAUUCUCCUCUGUUUUUUUCCCUCUUCCA